UAUGUAUAAAAGAGACAGUCCUGUCUUAGCGUAUAAUCAUAUAUAUGUAUAUACACGCGCACGAAACACGAAAUAAGCGAUGUAUAGAGGCAUGUCUUGUGGACAUUACGAUGUCAGUCGAGAGCGCUCGUAGGAUAGCUACCCCUUGAUCACCGCUAUCGUCUCCCAACGAACGCCAUCUUGCGCCGACAGCCAUCCGCGCACACGAGUUUCAUGCGACCACCGUUCGUCUGCUGCUUUAUUGCAGCCGCUUCCACCGCCGUCGUCGCUCUAACCCAUGCGCCACUAUGCCAAUAACUCGGCGCAAGCACAAAGGGACAACAGCUAGCGAACUAACAGCAGCAGCAGCAGACAUACGGCGUGGACCGCAGCGAUUUGCAUUAGCUAUAGCUAGAGAUUGGAAGAGAGUCGCUAGGUUGCCAAUGAGCGGCGUGUGAGUGACCUGGGAGCGGUAGGAAACAACAACAAGCACAACGGCAGCGAACAGCCCAGCCCCACAGCGCGCAGCAUUUAUUUUCACUCGUAGUAAUCUAUUCAUUGGAUUGAAUUCGAUUGGAGCGGCUCCGACAGCAACGGCGCACUCCUGCUCCGUCGAGAAAAUACAACAAUCUUUCCAGUUACUAGCUCACGCUCAUGGCCUUGCUGCUGUUGCUGUAAGUGGCGCUGUGUGCGUGUGUGACUCCAGCGCUCGGUCUGUUUGUUAGCGUGUAAACGAUCGGUGUGAGCGGACUACACAGCUCGCGCAUCAGUGCUGAGCCUGUUGGUGCUAUUGCUGUUUGUUGGUGACCAUCGUGCGUCUGUCUGGGUUUGGCUCGUGCGGGUCGCCCUGAGCACGCUAGUCACGCUGCUGCUGCUGCUGCUGCUGCUAGGUCUGACGGGCGAAAAGAACAGCGGCGGCUGUGAGCAUCGGGAGCGGAGCAGAGCAAGCUGCUGUGCUAUCUCUUCCAGUCUGUGUCUAUCUGUAGGUCUCUCUGUCUGUCUAUAAUGUUUGUUUGCAUUGCUGCCACUCUUUACUGUAGGUGUCUGAGACGGUGUGACAAGUGUCGACUAUGCUGCUGUGCUAUGGUCUGAUGCUGACGGCAAUGGUGGUGGUGGUGGUUGUUGUUGUUGUGCAUUAAGCGAUCAACUGACGACUGAGCGUUGCCGCCGCUAGCCGCUGCUGACUGACUGAAUCGUUGGGACUGCCUCCAUCUCCUCCAAUGCGCUAGCAAGCAAGCCAACGAGCGAGCCGCGGCUGCCGCUGUUAGUCUGGUCGCCUCAGACUGUGCUGCAGUAGCAGCGUAGCAAGACAACCGACUAUAACCACCUCAUAUUGUUAUUAUAUACAUCUAUUUAUUUAUUGGUCGGUUAGCAUACUGUGAGUGAUAGCCCAGGCGGCGAAUGGUGGUGCUCGUCACUCGCUCGCUAGACGCCGUGGCCAUUACCGCCGCCGCCGCCGCCGCUGCCGCUGUUUUCGGUCGUCGUGAUCGGUCGAACUUCCCUCCCGUCUAAGCGACACCGAUCGCCUGUGAUGAUGAUGAUGCUGCUGCGUUCUUGUUGUUGUCCAUGAGUGCCGCCGUUGGUUUUCACUGUCGUCGACUGGAAUGUCUCACGAGAGUGCGAUCGUAACAACGAAACGCGCCGACUCGUUGCUGACACCACCGAAACUCUAACGACCGUGCUGACUACUAGCUAGCGACUAGAACUUCAACAUCGAUACAGCCUAUACUACCUAUCAUCAGUAGACAGGAACAACUGCUUAAGCCAGUACAGUUCGUCGACGACCGGAAGGACAUUGCACGAGAUCCCGGGGGCGGGGGCGAAGCAGGCAGCAAAUGCCACCAAGAUUUCUCCUGUUGGUCGUCGUCGUCGUCGUCUGAGCGAACGAAACCAGACCGAACGUCCCAGUAUCUCUGUGGUAUGAGCGCCGUGUUAGACGGCGACGUCAUAUAGCGUCGUCGUUUCGCUUAACGACAUUACCAUUGUCAUACUACUACUACUGCUACUAUUACUACUACUGUGAAUCUAUUCAUCUGUCUGUGUAUGAUAUGUAGAUCCGACGACGGAUGCUACCCGCUUCUGCGAUGCAUUUAGUUGCAGCAAAAACAGCAGCAGUAGCAGCAGAGGCAGCAGCAGCAACAAGAAUAAUAAUAACAACGUCGACUUCAGCUACUAAUAAUAAUAACAGGAGCAGCAGCAGCGGCUGCUUGAGGAGGACGAUACGUUGAAUAGUUUGCCGCUAUAAACCAGCAUCAACGAACAACAUUCUAUCACCGCCAGCAUAUCGUCGUGAUCACCAGCAUUUAUCUGUUGCCGCGAUUGCUGCUGCGGCGACGUUUUGCGGCUCUGCGAAAAAGAAGUCUUUUGAGAGGAGGCAGUGUUGUUGUGUGUGAAGACGCUCGCGGUGUGUCACUGUUGUCGUGGACACGACCAUCUCACGCAUGUAGACGGAUGCCGGUUCCACCACCUGUACCACUACUGCAGGCUCUUCUUAGUGGCAGUUUUCGUCCUACUACAGAGAGAGGGUCACAACAGCAAUAAAUAGACCUAAACGGAACAUCACAGCACGGGACGGCAGCUUCAUACUCGAAAGGUGGGACUCUACUAAGCUCUAUGGGCCUGAGCUGCCGGCCUGUCAGUUCUCUAUGCAGCAACGGCAAAACGACCCAAAGGAAUCGACGUGAAAGAACGGGUACUCUUUGCCGUCGACGUCACGUUAACGUCCACGCUGGCCACAUUGUCAAACCUGAACGCUGCGUCCUUACGUGUAUUAGCCAGUAGACUUGUACUUAGCAACGGGCGGCUGCAUUUGGCGGCAUUCGUGGGGGCGUUUUAGAAGACAUAGAGACUUGAGCAUUUGUUACGGAAAAGCCUCUCACGUAUUGAAAACGUGAGAGCGUCGCGAAGGAUCUGAAACCAUGGCUAUUCCUGCUAAGCUGAAAAAGCUUUUCCCUCUAAGAUCCGUUGAUGAUCUCGUCAAUAUUUUCAGAUGUAUGCUGGACGGACCAUCCGCUCCAGAUUUAACCCUGACCUCGAUUAUUCUCGGCUAUCUUGAAAAUGUUUUGUGCGCAAAACCUCCGAGUGAGAAUGCUGUCUCGGAUAGCGAAUCACAAAGCUCGGCGCAAGAAGAUUUCCCCAUUGUGAACCUGGAGGAGGUCAGUGCAUUGUAUUCGCAGUUCUCAACGAUGAUUCGUGGAUCGGUCGACCUUUCGGUGCAGGAAACAGGACCUCAACGAAGGUUAACACGUCCUCUGGUCAAAAAGAUCUCAGACGUGAUUUGGGAUACUCUACAUCGAUCAUACGGACAAGAUCGGCCGCACCUUCAAAGCAUCUUUAGCUAUCUCACCGCCAACAAGUUGGAUUGUUUUGGCCUGGCGUAUACGACAGUUGCCGCCUGUCAAGUACUAAACGUUAGCGACGUACGACUCUGUCUCAGCGAGGAUCAUGCCUGGAUAAUGUACGUUGAUGCUGUAACGGGUCGAGAAGAAACCGCGGAGGUCACUUGGCAUGGUAAGGUUGAGGAUAGAAGAGGUCUACCCAUUUCGCUGGGGGAGCGUUCGUGGUUGUACCUAAACGGACACGCCAUUGAGUGCACUCGCUACACGGAAGUCGCGGCUGCGAUACUGGCUAUGAAUCCGUAUGCAUCAUCUACGGCAGACUCUGAGCUACUCAUACAAAUGCAAAAGAAACUUCUUUGGCUCAUGUACGACGGAAGUCAUCUGCGUGGUUAUCCGAUGGCAUUGGGUAUCUUAGGCGAGUUGGAAUCCAUGCAGGAUUCACCAGAAGCCGAACACACCGCACUGGAGCUUUUCCAGGAAGCCGUGGAAAUCGGUCGUACGGUAUACGCAAAUCACCAUGUCUACCCAUAUACGUAUUUGGGUAGUUUUAUGUUUCGUUGUCAGCGGUUUGCUGAUGCAUUACACUGCUACGCAAGUGCGGCUCAGGUAAUCCGAAAUUUCAACUAUGGCCGUGAAGAUGAAGAGAUCUACAAAGAGUUCAUGGAAGUUAACAAUGAGAUCGUCCCCCAACUCAUCAAAUACGAUGGCAUCGUCGAGGACGCAACGUGUUUCGCUCAGUUGUUGCGAUUGUGGGACGGACUGUGUGGCUGGGAAGAAGGUUCGAGCACACCAGUCCUCCAUAUCGGAUGGGCAAAGCCGUUUGUUUCCGUCCUGAAUAAGUUCCCUGCGUCGACCCGAAAAGCUGUCCAUAUAGUUAGUUUAGGCGAUCCCGCGGACAGUUCUAGAAAUAAUAACAAUGAGAUCAAAUCGGAAAAUGACCUGCAGCCCUCACCAUCGUCUGGAGGUGAAGACAGAAGUGAAACCCCGACACGAAGGGGCAGUCAAAGUCGAAAGAGUCGAAAUCAAGCCCAACAUCUACAUGAUCGAAACGCUGAAGAGUCGACGAGCGGACAGCCGGUGCCUGGACCAGCUGACAGAGAUGCAAAGGAGGGCGAAGCAUCCCAGGAUAUGAACGAUAAUGACAUUAAAAAGGAAUUUCGACGGGAGGAAAGCCCUGGCCUGUCGAAGGUCUCUGAUGAGGAACGAGCAUUUAGAGAAGAGCAUGAAAAAAAACAGGACACAGUCGUAUUCAGCAGUCAGAAAAUGAUCGGUCUUCGGCAUUUACUUCUGGCAGAUAAACUCAACAUUUCCGCCAUUCAGCUACAGCUGACCGCGCAGAGUCAUUUGGCCGGCAAGCACAAACUUGAUGAUGACAGUCGACGCAAACGUGUUCGCCGAGAAUAGACACAUAUAUAUAUACUACGUAUGACAUCAUAUGGAAUUAGACACUCGCAUAUUCUCGGGGUUUAUCAGUAAUCCGUGUUUUGACAACGCUGCAGUUUAGCGGUUCUCAUCUAGUAGCAGUAAUGGUAGUGGUAGUACUAUACAAUGCCGAUACGCAAACGCUGCAAGAGGUUCUCGCGCGGCCAACAUUGAGGCAUGGAUCCCCAUUUUCCAAGUUUUCGUUCGUUACCGCUUAUCUCAGUCGCAGCAAAAGCAGUAACACGGUGACAGAACUGCAUGCAGAUGGAGUGCCAUUGUUCACCAUGGCAAAGUCAAGCAGUAAAAACGUGACUUAUUGAAAUAUACAAUGAGGAUUUUGUGACCCGACCCGGACAGACACCAGAUUUGUACAUGAAAACCACGCAUUACUAUUAUAUAUAAUUCGUGACGAUGAUGAUUGUGGAAAACGAUAACGCUAGUAAUUAUGAUUACCGUAAUUUUUUUUUAUUUCAAUAUCACGAUAAUGACCUUUCGGUUUCAUGCAUCUUGUGAGUGUGGCCGGAUGUCCCUGGCAAUGGAUACGUACAUUUCUCACUGCGAGUAUGGGUGUGUAUGCGUAAGGCUGGGUUGAAGCAACUUUCUAAACUCGAAAAAAAAAAGCAAACAAAAACGAACAUUAAAAUAAUAUGGAUGAACUAAUUAGUAGCUUACUCUACGAGCGACUUCUGUUUCGAGGCAACCGCACAUACUUCAACGGAAAAAAGUGAAGAACAGGGAAAGGCAGAAGGAAACAAGCAACGUUAGAGCACCAUAUUUAGCGAAGGCCCUUUUGACGUAGCGUCAUAAUCUCCGUCGACUGGAGAGUGAGAAAGAAAGCAAGUGCGGGCGAAAAUGAGGCAGUUUUCGCUGAAACUGAGCAAAAGACAAACAGAGCGGAGAAAAGGGGGAUGAAGACGGCCUCGGUCACCGAUACACCCAAAGCGAUUCGAGAAAGGCUUUGGAGGCCAGAGAUAGCGUGUAGGAUGAUACAAAGAUCUCUUUGUCACUAUUUCAAGUCGUUCUAGACAACAGUAGAAGCUAGAGACAUAACCAUGUUUUAUGUAUUUUAUCUUUUUUUCCUUAUCCUACAGAUAGCCAUAGCAGUAAAUGAGAAAGCACAUCGCCGUCACUAACACCUCAAUAUGUGAUAAGUGAUUGAAAGUACGUACGACAACAAAUUAAUAAUAGUAACGGCACUCCAUAUAAGUUUGUUCCAAUCUUUUCAUACAUAUACACACACAACCGAUCACCCACACAAAUGCACUAAAGUUGUAAAUUCGUGGGCCCUCCCUAUUUCAUUGUAUACUGUAGAAACGACAUUGAUAAAGUGUGAACGCGAAGAAGCUUAUAUGUGUGUGUCUUUGUGUGAUUGUGCGUGUGCGUGCGUGCGUGCGUGUGUGUGGGUCUGAGUGUGUGACCUAUGAUGGGACGAAGCCCUGAAAAGGAAGCAAGCAAAAAAGAGAAAAGUAUUUUAAAUUUGUUCAUUAAAAAUUCGCCUUUAUUGCUGUGCGAUAGCUACGCUGUAGUCGCAUAAGGCGACGAGACCCCCGAAUUACUAAGGUAAAGGGCAGGCCAGAGUAUGAUUAGGUGGUGUGAAACAACACAACAACAUGAGUGCCAGGAUUUUCAUAAAAUUGAAAAAACGAAUUAACGGCAUAUGAAUGCCCCGACGUGUCGCAGCAGCAACUCAAGAAUUGCGCAGGAUUUCUGUUACGCACAUAGAUAGAAACUAAUGUUUUUAUGUACACGUACAUUGAGCACGUGUGACUUGGUAUGGGGACACCGAAGCCACCAAAUGAGCCACAGAAAGAAACAGCAUAUAUACAAUUACGUUAUGAAUGAGUAAGAGAAACUUCAGAGCUAUGAUUCGUCGUAUGUAGUCUCUACAAUAACUUUCAGUAAUAUCCUGAUCAGAAACAAUCUUUCUUUGCCUGUGAUCACAUUCUGAUAGUGUAUCUUUAAUGCAGUCAUUGCUGUUACGUGUCUUUGAUCUGAGCGGAUCUAUCAAAACAAACCGUUCUCCAUGUUACAUAGAUUUAAAAGAAACGUCUAAACUAACAAGGCAUCAUUUGAUUAAUCGCCUCAGUGAACGACGACACCCUGUUUUUUUUUUUACUUCACUGCAUUUGUUCCGAUCACGGUCAAGAAGAACAGCUUUUUUUUCAGCGAUUCCGUAGUGCGCAAGCGUGUUCAUUUUUAUUUUAAAACUACGUUGUGUCAAACAAGCUAAUGAGCAACUGUUUUUUUUGUCAUUCACUUAUUAUUGGGAGACGUGAGAAAAGAAUAGCUAUUGUUUACAAUGCAAAUGCAUCUUUGGGUUCCUCUACGAACACAAGUAAGUUACUUCCUACAGUUUUUUCAUUUUCGAACUUUGUUACCGUGCCUGUUCAACUCUGUGUUACAAUACAAACACGCAUAUAGGUAUAAAAGCGAUAACUAACUCGCUAAAUUGAAGGAGUAGCCACGGCGUGCUUUGCUUAUUUAAAAAAAUGUCCAAUUAGAAAACGUUAUUUGAGCUCGCAGAUAUUUUGUAGUAUGUGAAAACCUCAUAUGACUCUCCUAGGUUUUACUGCCACCUUCGAUUUUUUCCGAAAUUUGAACCAAUAUCAAAUAAUAUGCACCUUCAGUAUGUGGCGUUGAACAUCGACGGUAAUGAACAAGGAACUAAGGUGUUUCUACUAAUGGUGAUAUGUUUCUUGCAAAAACCUUAUAAUGCGUUAUCUCUAACACAUUAUUAUAAGUGAGGUUUUUUCUAAACUAUGUAGAGGGGUAUAAACGUAUUUUCGUGAAUAUCUUCUAUUUUUAGAUUGUCCCGUGAACGUGUAAAAUUAAUUUCGAAGAAUACAUACUCGAGGAAAAUCAGUGACCUCAUAAUGCUUGACCUUAGUAGAUUCGUAUUUAUUGACACAAAUAGAAUGACUUAUACCAUCACUAGACAAUUUCUCUUGGUGAAAAACUCUGUGCUAAAAAAUGCUGCGGGCAGAUUGCAUGCGUCUAGCUUAUUACAUUUAAGCUGUUAUAUGUAUGUACGUAUGUAUGUACGUAUGUAUGUAUGUAUGUAUGCAUGCGUGGAUGGAUGGAUGUUUGCUAUACUGUAGAGCGGGUAUAGGACACGGAUGCAGAGCAUACCUAUGAACCCGUAGUUGGUAUUCAUUCUUCACUAAUAUAUAUAUAUAUAUUUCAUAAUGUGUUUGCUAUUUUGUUUCUUGAAUGGUCUCAAUAGUAUGUAUUUUUCGUGAAUACGGUUCGUUAAUCAUUUAGCAGUGUAUUUGAUUUUUAUCAAAAACUAGUAGGUAUAACAGAUGGAGAAUCGAACGAUGGAGGGCGAACAUUACAUUACACAUCUGGGAAAAUCAUUCCGACAGAUUAUCUAAUAAAGAAACAAAAAACACGAGUUCAAAUAAGCGAAAUUCUUCUACGCAAAGUCUAACCUACCUGUUCAGAUUCGUUUUGAUGAUAGUGUAAUUUAGGGGUAAUGUGAAGAACUUCGUCUAUUUUGCUAGGAGAGGAAAAAGGGAAUCAAAUACGUACGGUAUGUAGCAAGAGUGAGAAGGAAAGAGGAGAUGAAAAUCGUGCAGAUCCUAUCAGCAUGCGGCUAAGCCAAGAAAUGUCAGUAACGACAGCACCAACAAUUUAAUAUAAUCACCACAAACCUAAGCCUACUUUAGACAAACCGACGCGAGGUGGUUACUUUUUCGAAGCUGAUUGAUACAAUCUUUAUAUUCCGACCUAAUUCCAAAGAUUUCCUUAUACAUAAAAUACCAUUUUAAAUGUCUCUUUAACCGCAGCGAAACUGAGCACCAAGACUGAUGAAGUGUUGUAAGGCUAUUCAUAUAUAUAUAUAUAUAUAUAUAUAUAUAUAUAUAUAUACUACACUAUUCAUAUGCAUAAAGAUGUAGAGUGAACUAGAGAGAAGUCUAUCCUAUUAUAAAACUCACAAAUAUGUGCGUUGUAUGCCACGGGUGUUCCUCUUGAACUAUAAGGAAGAAAACGAUUUUGAAACGUGAACAGCGCCACCAUGAAAAAGAAUAUUUAAUAAGCAAACAGGGAGCGAAGAAAGUAUAACCACGACAACAUCAGUGACAAACAAAGGAAACAAACUAGUUUUGGAUGAGCUAAUUUCGAAUUGUAUUGAUUGUACUGUUAGCCUGUAAAUUUGUGAGCCCGGUAUAGUUUUUCGUCGACUGCUGCGGCGGGUAUGGCCAAAUACAGCCAUAUAAAACUUCGGCGAGAGGAAUGAUGGCACAGAGAGAUAAAACCGAUGAUAAUUCUUUCCGAAAUCCGAAAAUUAUAUGAGAACUAGAUGAAGACAACGAUUGCUGGCACGAAGCACAGUUGUUAACGUUAACCUUAACUAAGUAAUUUCUAUCUGUAAUCAACGUAAGUAACGAAAACCCUCUCAUAACCGAAUCUUUCAAGAUAUAUGCAAGCAAAUCAUCCCAAAACUUCACAAGUUUAAUUGAAUAAUAUAUCCGCGUGAAGCAAAACAACAAACAGUAACUUCAACUAUCGCGUGUAUAACAACCUACUGUAAUAGAGAAACAACAGCAACUGACGUCGGCAUUUGUCUACAAGCAAGUCAAGGAUUCGCUGAUAAAAGCUUCUGGUUGACGAGACAUGAAAUAAAUGGACAGAUCAGAGCACCACUUAUUUUGUAUUGGUGUAUGGCGAUGAUGGUGAUAAUCGUAAUGGAGAUGGUGACAAAAAAAACGCUGUAUGAAAGUGACGUCGCGCAGAAGAUUGGGGCAAAGAAAGGCAGGAAUAACAGUCGAUAGGUAUACAGAUCUAAACGUAAGGGAUAGUCUAACUGUGAUAGAAGACGUUGACGUGUUAUGUCUGAUUCGUCCUUCAUAUGCAUACAAGAUGGAUGACGUGGGAUGACAUUGAUGCCGAAUGGAUUUACUAAUAGUAAUCAUAACGGAAAUAAUAACUAUAGAACAAACCGCCUACUAAAGAUGAUAGACACGAUAAAGUCGAAUGGUUGAAAAUAAGUGGCCAGACGACACAUGACCCCCCGAAAGAGACAGUGAAAAAAUGGGCAUAGGUCGGCGAAAACAAGAACGGUAGUAAAAAGAACUACAUGAACGAUAACGUACGUUACGCAAAAACACUACUAAUAACAAUAAUAGUGAAGAGAGUGUAGUUUUGUCAGUUUGGUGAACGCUGAUGAGAUUAUAACGCACAUACACGAGUGAUUGACGGUAGAUCCAAGUCGAUGUCGGCGACUAAGCCGAUAAUAAUGGCGACGAAGAUGACGAUAAAACGAAUGACGCUAAAUAACCUUAUUCAAUUUCGGAUUAGAUAAGAAUUUCACCAUUAAUUAUCAUAAUGCUGGUAAUCAUAAUACGGCCUUUUGUAAGAACAAAGACAACAGCAGCAGCGGCAGCAGCAGCAGUCGCAACGGCAACGACUUUCAUAACGACACGCUGGGCCACACAAGACUUUGAAUAUAUUGAAUGGAGGUUGCGUUUCAUUAGUCCAGUGCAGCCGACCCAAAUAAGUCAAUUACGAGGAUUAAAGCUCGUUGCUGUUGUUGUUGUCGUCGUCAGGCCAUGUAUGCUACGUAUUGGGAAUGUCUUAUCGUAGCACGUACCGAUUCACUUGACACGUUCAAGACGUAUGAGCUCCAUAGCUCAGCGGAAGUGUUUGGAAAGAAAUGUUCGAUAUUUUCACUAGUUUUUUAUUGCCAUAUCAUUCGUAACUUUAUGGCUCCUGAGUUCCUGCUUGGAUUCUUACUAGUCGUCUAAUUAUUAUUACUAGGUGAUCCUUGAAGCAAACGAAAGCAUUUUCUAUCCAAUGGCGAUUUUUUUUCGGUAACAGCAGUUGUCACUUUUCUGUAUUUAGUUAGAAACAAAAGAAUCGGCAAACUAUUCGCCCGCCAUUCAUAUAUCAUAACCCGGGCUUCGUACAUUGUGUUUACUGAGCAGAUCAGCGCCACCUAAUGGGCAAUUUAGUGAGCAUUGUGUUGAUUUUCAUGGAUUCUCUUUCAGCACUUCCGCAAAUCAUCGAAACCUUGAAUACCAAAUAGGGAGUAUACGAGCGAAUGAACCACACUGUUUGUUGCCCUUUGUCGCCCCCUUUUCUUCUGGGGUUACAGCUGCGCGUUUGCGUCGCUGAACCUUGUAUGGAAUGUACACACAACACUGACAAACAUUAUUAGAACGUAACACAUUAGUUGCUUGUACUACGGUGGAGGUGGUUCUAAUACUACUGUGGUUGAUUAACAUUAUCAAUAUUAUUAGGACUGUAUGCAUGAGUAAGGUACCACUUAUAAGCUACAUAUACAUGUAAUUGAUCAACGAAGAUCGCGAACAUAAACAUAAGGUCAGCUGUGGUGCGGAGGUUAGCUAUAUAGAUAAACAUCAACCCUCUAGGUAGGAUUCUACAUAUAUAUAUAUAUAUACACUCCAUUUCCCCCUUAUACUAGGUGUUGCAGUGUGUUCUUGUACAUAGAGUGUAUAAUAAUAUAAACCACCAGCUCUGAUGAGACGGAAAAUGAAUUACAACAAGGAACUAUAUGAAGAAGGCUCCAUCAAAAAUGGCGACAACAACUUCGAUUGAACUCGAGCGUGCGUCAGAACAGAACCCUAAAGGGAUGAUUUGAAGGAGCCGUUUGAGAUGCGAUUAUAUUCUAAAUAUUAAUUAUACAAAUGCGAUAAUAAGAAUAAUUACUAUAAAAUAAACAUAUUGCAAACAUAAAGAAACUGAAGCUGCGAAGAAAUAAAUAGGGUACCA